AUGAACGCCAAAGGCGACAAGAUCGAGAAGAUCAUUGCUCGCCUGCAGCAGCGGAUCAGUGAGGGGCAGUUCUACGAAGCCCAGCAGCAGACUCGCGUCGUAGCAGCUCGAUACACCAAAGCCGCAAACUGGGAUGCCGCUAUAAAUAUACUCUACAAUGUUGCACAGUCGCUUCUGAAGGCGGGCCAGGGCGGCAGCGGUGGCGAUCUCUGCGUGCUGCUGGUCGAUAUAUACAAACAAGCGGAACUGAAGCCCGAUGCUGUUACCAAGGGCCGAUUGCUCACGUGUUUGCGUUUGUUCGACAGCGAAGAACCCACGCGCAAGAAGUAUAUUGGGGAGAUCAUAACAUGGUCUUCCAAAUUCGGCGAGUACCCCGCGGGCGACCCCGAGCUGCAUCAUGUUGCGGGCUCGCUAUAUGCGGAAGAGCACGAACCGUACGAUGCAGAGAGACAUCUACUUCUUGGAACGAAGGACUCGGCCGAAGUGUUGGCUCGCUUAGAAUACGAAUGGUUUAAGGAGGACGACGCACAUACAGCCGCUUUAUAUGCCGCGCGGGGAGUGCUGCCGUAUCUUCUCACGGGAAACGUCCGAUCAGCGAAUGCAUGCUACCGACUAUUCACUAGUGCCCUCAGCCAGGACAAGCAAGGCCAACUUAACGUCCAGGAUGUCAGUAGCAAUAGCGCCGACAUUCGGGUGUACCCCAGCAUACCCCUCCUUAAUUUCCUAGGGCUCCUACUACUCGCGGUCCAGCGAGCGAAUCCGGACUUAUACAAACAACUGCACAGCAAAUAUUCUACUCUCUUAGCCGAAGUCGAGUCAUGGCACGAAUCCUUGGAGAUAAUCGCCGAGAUGUACUUCGGUAUCCAGAAGCCGCGACAGAGCAACCCGCUGAUGGACAUGAUGAGCGGCUUCUUUGGCGGCAGUGGUGGGGGUGGUGCUGCGGCGGGUGGAGGCGCGAAGAGGCCGGCUUUGAAGGGUCCUACGUCGAUGCCGGCUGCUGAGGGAUUAGAUUAA